AUGGCUGGGGCACGGCGGAUAAAAACUUUGUUGACUUUAAACAUCUGCAUGUUCGUGGGCAUUAUACUGUUCUCGGUUUACUGCAGAAUUCAGGAUCGCUCAGAGGAACUCAUGAAGAACGGCAGGACCACUGAGCAAAGAUCCAACCGUAGAAAUGGGAAAGUCACUAACUUUGUGGAGAAGCAAACUAUUCUUCAGAGGCUUGAGCAUCUUGAGGAUGUAGUCUACCAUCAAUUGAACGGUAAAUUGUUGAUCCAUGUGAUCAUGAACAUCAAGUCAGCUUGGUGCAACUUUAUUUCACCCCACAUCAGGGCUUUAUGAAUUACUUUUAUAGUGCCCCUACUGAGUUAAUCAUGCAUUUUACAGUGUCUCUUGGAUUUGCCACAUCUCAGCUGUUGUACAACCCAUGGGUAUUGUCAUUAUCUGAUAUUGGAAUAACUGAUCAACCUGGCCCACAUCCACCUCAUCCAUUAUAGUCCCACUCACAGCAUCACUUUCAGCCCAAAUGUCUAAUCUGCUUUUAAAUAAUUCUGAAAUAACCCAGACAAAGUGCUCUGUUUUUCUCUAAAAGACUGGCAUUAUAAAAGUCUAAUCCAGGGUUCCCCAACUGGCGGCCUUCAGGCUGAACUUGGCCCUCUGUGAUUUUAUUUAGCCCCACAAGUAUUCUGAGCAGAUUCUUUGUAUUUGUUUUAUUUAAUUUUUGGGACAAUAAGACUGUAAAAACACCAGCAAAUCAGCUCCAAGUGAUUUGAAUUUUGGAAAUAUGUUUCAAAAUAUUCCCACGCAUAAUACAGAGAUCUUAUACAAAUGUAAGCAAGGUUUGAAAUGAUUAUGUUUUAGUGAAAUAUUAUAUCUGUUUGGGCUUCUUGCGGUCAAUUUGCAGUCUGCAAAUGAUUUGUAAUUAUGUUCUGGCCCCCUGACCAUCCACUCAAGAAAGAAAUCGGUCUGCGGCUGAAUCUAGUUGAUGAUCCCUGGUCUAAUCCAUAUGGAGAGUUAUACUUUAUGUUUUAUAUAAAAUAACAUUCUAGAUAAUUAACAGUAUUACUGUAUACACAAGGUGUGAUUGGCCAUACAUGUUUUUUUUUAACUAGAUCAAAUAAAAUUGUAUUUGUCACAUGCACCGAAUACAACAGGUGUAGUAGACUUUACCGUGAAAUGCUUCCUUACGAGCCCUUAACCAUCAAUGCAGAAUUUAAAAAAAGUAAGUAAGAAAAAUUAGCUAAAUAAACCAAAGGAAAAAAUAGUAACACAAUAAAAAAACAAUAACGGGGCUAUAUACAAGGGGUACCGGUACCGAGUCAAUGUGCAGGGGUACGGGUUAGUCAAGGUAAUUGAGGUAAUAUGUACAUGUAGGUAGGGGUAAAGUGACUAUGCAUAGAUAAUAAACAGAGAGUAGCAGCAGAGUAUGUGAAGAGUGUGAAGUAAUGUGAAUGUAUGUGUGUGUAGCAUCAAUAUGCAUAUGUGUUUGUGUUUUGUGUGUGUGUUAGUCCGUGUGUAUGUUUGUGUGCUGGAGUGUCAGUGUAGUAUGUGUGUGUGUGUGGUUAGAGUCCAGUGAGUGUAUAUCGGCAAGUGCAACAAACAAAAAAGAAUACAUACGAAUAAAAUAAGGGGCUCGUUGGCUGGCCCUCACUACAUAUUCGUCGCCAAACCCACUGGCUCCAGGUCAUCUAUAAAUCUCUGCUAGGCAAAUCCCCGCCUUAUCUUAGCUCAUUGGUCACCAUAGCAACACCCACCCGUAGUAUGCGCUCCAGCAGGUAUAUCUCACUGGUCAUCCCCAAAGCCAACACCUACUUUGGCCGCCAUUCCUUCCAGUUCUCUGCUGCUAAUGACUGGAACGAACUGCACAAAUCUCUGAAGCUGGAGACUCUUAUCUCCCUCACUAACUAUUGCCUUACCUCCAUAACUUACUACAUUUGCACACACUGUAUAUAGAUUUUCUAUUGUGUUAUUGACUGUAUGUUUUGUUUAUCCCAUGUGUAACUCUGUGUUGUUGUUGUUUUUAUUGCACUGAUUUUAGGUUUAGAUUUUAGUCAUUUAGCAGACGCUCUUAUCCAGAGCGACUUACAGGAGCAAUUAGGGUUAAGUGCCUUGCUCAAGGGCACAUCGACAGAUUUUUCAUCUAGUCGGCUCGGGACUGCUUUGCUUUGCUUUAUCUUGGCCAGGUCGCAGUUGUAAAUGAGAACUUGUUCUCAACUGGCCUACCUGGUUAAAUAAAGGUAAAAUAAAAUAAAAAUGCAAAUAGUCCGGGUAGCCAUUUGAUUAACUGUUCAGCAGUCUUAUGGCUUGGGGGUAGAAGCUGUUAAGAAGCCUUUUGGACCUAGACUUGGCGCUCCGGUACCGCUUGCCGUGCAGUAGCAGAGAGAACAGUCUAUGACUAGGGUGGCUGGAGUCUUUGACAGUUUUUAGGGCCUUCCUCUGACAUCGCCUUGUAUAGAAGUCCUGGAUGGCAGGAAGCUUGGCCCCAGUGAUGUACUGGGCCAUACGCACUACCCUCUGCAGUGCCUUGCGGUCAGAGGCCGAGCAGUUGCCAUACCAGGCGGUGAUGCAACCAGUCAGGAUGCUCUCGAUGGUGCAGCCGUAUAACUUUUUGAGGAUCUGAGGACCCAUGCCAAAUCUUUUCAGUCUCCUGAGGGGGAAUAGGCUUUGUCGUGCCCUCUUCACAACUGUCUUGGUGUGUUUGGACCAUGAUAGUUUGUUGGUGAUGUCGACACCAAGGAACUUGAAGCUCUCAACCCGCUCCACUACAGCCCCGUCCUUUUCCUGUUGUCCACGAUCAGCUCCUUUGUCUUACUCACGUUGAGGGAGAGGUUGUUGUCCCGGCACUACACUGCCAGGUCUCUGACCUCUUCCCUAUAUGCUGUCUCAUCGUCGUCGGUGAUCAGGCCUAACACCGUCGUGUCAUCGGCACACUUCAUGAUGCUGUUGGAGUCGUGCGUUGCCACGCAGUCGUGGGUGAACAGGGAGUACAGGAGGGGACUGAGCACGCACCCCUGAGGGGCCCCGUGUUGAGGGUCAGUGUGGUGGAUGUGUUGUUGCCUACCCUCAGGAAGUCCAGGAUCCAGUUGCAGAUGGAUGUGUUCAGUCCCAGGGUCCUUAGCUUAGUGAUGAGCUUGGAGGGCACUAUGGUGUUGAACGCUGUGCUGUAGUCAAUUAACAGCAUUUUCACGUAGGGGUGGCCAACUCUCUAACUGGAGAGACACUAAUAAGGUGCUGAAUCAGAUUGGUUUUAGAGGACUGUCUGGAACAAAAGCCUGCACAUCCAGUAGCUCUCCAUGAGAAGGGUAAUGUCCAUUGCCCCUCUUUUUAGCACCUAAAAUAGUUAACAACAUUCUCUUUGAGGAGCUCAAUUGAAAUCCACCACAAAGCAGUUUAGGAGGAUGGAUGCUGUCAGCCUUAAUUGAUGGGUCUCAACCUUGCUGCAAACAAGUGUAGAGGACAAACUAGUUAUCCUGAAAUAUCACCUCUUCUUUGCUGCACAAAACAAGGUCUAAAAUCAAUUAAUAACAAAGUCACCCAAUAAGAAAUCUCUAUACCCCAUGGUCCUGGGUUUAUAUAUCAGGUUUCAGUGAUGAAAUUCAAGCCAGUUGGGGACAUUUCUGCAGCAGGUUUGACUGUUAUAUCACAUUUACUGAUUCAUCUUCAUUAUCCAAUGUGGUGUUUGUCUGAUCCGUUUGCUUUAUAAAAUCCCCCUCAAGGGACAAGCUAAUUUAAUCAAUUUAUUCAAACAAUAAUUGCUUGAACUCAUUCCCAAUGUUUUGACUAUGCCACUUAUAAUUCAGUGUUUAAAUGCAUAAUUAAUUCAGAAGUUGGAUUAGCAAGAUGCCAGGUCCUGCUGUAAUUGACAGUAUAAGCCAUUCUACUCACAUUACAAGUCAAUCAUCCUGUCCCCUUUUUGUGUAUUUCUUCCUACCAGUAAAGUCUAGGUAAAUAAUAACAACAACCUUCAGUUUCCUUUAAACCUGGCUAUCCUGUUUGUCAGUCAGACUGGGAGUUUAUAAAGAUGACUUAUUAUAAUUUCAUCCAACAUCAUCUUAUCUUUCACAAACAAGGUGCUGCAGUCAGUAGACAUGUCAAUUAUUUCGCUUGUCUAUACUUCAAUUGCCAACUCUCCUAUUAAUCUAGAUGCUCACCUUUUGUUUACUUUCUAGAGGGAAUAGAGACAGCUCAAAUGAUUGACGGAUUGAGAUGAAAAGUGUAACUGCUUGCUUGCUUUUGUGAUCCUGAGGCACCUCCGACAAAAUGAGUCUGACAUUUUCCUCUGACUUUCCACAGGUCUGGGAAAGCCGGUUGGGGUACUGGAGGGACCAGUGGGCCAGGAACAGGGGCAGGCCAGGACCCCUGCAACUCUGAGAAACCCUGUCCGCGACCCAGAUGGGGGAAAGUAUGAAGAGUACGGCUACAACGCACAGCUGAGCAAUCAAAUCCCACUGGAUAGAUCCAUUCCUGACUACAGGCCGAAAAAGUAGGUCCUAAACCCUGCCCUCACAGCUUGAAAACCAGAAGGUAACAUAAUAAAGCAUUAUGAGUUUAGGGUACUGAUGUGACAGCUUUUCACUAAAUUGUGUUGACAGGUGCAAGCUGAUGACUUACCCAGAUGACCUCCCUCAGAUGACAGUGGUGUUCAUCUUUGUAAAUGAGGCCUUGUCAGUGAUCCUACGGUCAGUCCACAGCCUGGUCAAUCACACACCUGCACACAUCCUCAAGGAGAUCAUCCUGGUGGACGACAACAGUGACAGUGGUAAGACAAGGGCUUUUACAGUGUGUGUGUGUGUGUGUGUGUGUGUGUGUGUGUGUGUGUGUGUGUGUGUAAGAGGGAGAGAAAGCGAGCGAGAGAGAGAGAGAGAGAGAGAGAGAGAGAGUGAGAGAGACGUGAAAUUAUGGUUUUCUAGUUUGAGCUCCAACACUUGAUUAUUUUUGUUGUUGUAGUGGAGCUAAAGCUGAACCUGGAUCAGUAUGUGAAUAAGCAGUAUCCAGGCCUAGUGAAGAUUGUGAGGAAUAGCAGACGGGAGGGACUUAUACGGGCCAGAAUCCUUGGCUGGAAAGCUGCCACUGCACCAGUUGUUGGCUUCUUCGACGCACAUGUUGAGUUCAACACAGCAUGGUGAGGAACAGAUUCUUAUUUCCCCUUAGAUUGACACUUGAAAAGGAGUUUAAAAUAGUCUCAUGCAUUAUCAUCAAUCAGAUGCAGAUUCCUCCCAACACUUAGGUGCCAUACAGUAUACAGUGAGGGGAAAAAAAAAGGUAUUUGAUCCCCUGCUGAUUUUGUAUGUUUGCCCACUGACAAAGAAAUGACCAGUCUAUAAUUUUAAUGGUAGGUUUAUUUGAACAGUGAGAGACAGAAUAACAACAACAAAAAUCCAGAAAAACGCAUGUCAAAAAUGUUAUAAAUUGAUUUGCAUUUUAAUGAGGGAAAUAAGUCUUUGACCCCCUCUCAAUCAGAAAGAUUUCUGGCUCCCAGGUGUCUUUUAUACAGGUAACGAGCUGAGAUUAGGAGCACUAGUGCUCCUAAUCUCAGUUUGUUACCUGUAUAAAAGACACCUGUCCACAGAAGCAAUCAAUCAAUCGGAUUCCAACCUCUCCACCAUGGCCAAGACCAAAGAGCUCUCUGAGGAUGUCAGGGACAAGACUGUAGACCUACACAAGGCUGGAAUGGGCUACAAGACCAUCACCAAGCAGCUUGGUGAGAAGGUGAAAACAGUUGGUGCGAUUAUUCGCAAAUGGAAGAAACACAAAAGACCUGUCAAUCUCCCUCAGCCUGGGGCUCCAUGCAAGAUCUCACCUCGUGGAGUUGCAAUGAUCAUGAGAACGGUGAGGAAUCAGCCCAGAACUACACGGGAGGAUCUUGUCAAUGAUCUCAAGGCAGCUGGGACCAUAGUCACCAAGAAAACAAUUGGUAACACACUACGCUGUGAAGGACUGAAAUCCUGCAGCGCCCGCAAGGUCCCCCUGCUCAAUAAAGCACAUAUACAGGCCCGUCUGAAGUUUGCCAAUGAACAUCUGAAUGAUUCAGAGGAGAACUGGAUGAAAGUGUUGUGGUCAGAUGAGACCUGGAGGAGGAGGAAUGCUGCCUAUGACACCAAGAACACCAUCCCCACCGUCAAACAUGGAGGUAGAAACAUUAUGCUUUGGGGGUGUUUUUCUGCUAUGGGGACAGGACAACUUCACCGCAUCAAAGGGACGAUGGACGGGGCCAUGUACUGUCAAAUCUUGGGUGAGGACCUCCUUCCCUCAGCCAGGGCAUUGAAUAUGAGUCGUGGAUGGGUAUUCCAGCAUGACAAUGACCCAAAACACACGGCCAAGGCAACAAAGGAGUGGCUCAAGAAGAAGCACAUUAAGGUCCUGGAGUGGCCUAGCCAGUCUCCAGACCUUAAUCCCAUAGGAAAUCUGUGGAGGGAGCUGAAGGUUCGAGUUGCCAAACGUCAGGCUUGAAACCUUAAUGACUUGGAGAAGAUCUGCAAAGAGGAGUGGAACAAAAUCCCUCCUGAGAUGUGUGCAAACCUGGUGGCCAACUACAAGAAACGUCUGACCUCUGUGAUUGCCAACAAGGGUUUUGCCACCAAGUAUUAAGUCAUGUUUUGAAGAGGGGUCAAAUACUUAUUUCCCUCAUUAAAAUGCAAAUCAAUUUAUAACAUUUUUGACAUGCGUUUUUCUGAAUUUUUGUUGUUGUUAUUCUGUCUCUCACUGUUCAAAUAAACCUACCAUUAAAAUUAUAGACUGAUCAUGUCUUUGUCAGUGGGCAAACGUACAAAAUCAGCAGGGGAUCAAAUACUUUUUUCCCUCACUGUAUGUUCUCCAAUAUUUAGCUACAUACUGUACUAUUUUAAGCCUGGAAUUCAUUACACUGAGAUCUGCUGAGAGUGUUUGUGCAUCUGACAGAAGAGCACUUUUAUUUGCAUAUCAGAGGUAAUCCUUUCUUUCAGUAAUGGAAAGACAAGGAGGUACAGUAGUCACCACAAUCCAUCUUCACCACACCACUUUAGAAAGAGCAAUUCAUUCAGGCAAGGUGACACUCUCUCUCAGAGGUUAACCCUAUUUAUUCUAAAAUGAUAUUGCAGCUGUGAAAUGUAGACUCCUUAACUGCACUCAUAUUGCAAAAGUUAUGUCCACAAUGGAAAUUAUAUCUGAUUGCAUCAGUCAAGUUUUACACGGAAAAACCGUGGGUGGCUUUUGACCAUUUCUCUGGAUUCCUCAUGUCUAACUCAUUGUUAAAAAAAGUUUGGUCCAAAUCAGAUGUUAGGUACUAUAUUUAUUGAAUAUUAUAUGAAUCCUAUAAAUUAAAAUGGCCAAUUUGGAUGCAAUCAAUUAGUUUAAUUUCUCAGAGAUCAAAUUAUAUUUCAAUAAAAUAAUGUUACAGAAAAGCUAAUCUUAUCUGUUUCUAAAUACAUAAACGAUUUCAGAACAUUCUGAGAUCGUGGGUGUCGAAAUCCUCCUUCUUGUGCUUUUUGAGGUGGAACAGUGUUUCACUACAGUUGUAAUACAGAGAACUGUUAGCUACAUAAAUUACUAUUUAUUUGGUUUUGAUCUCUGGAACAGACGUGAAAAAAUAUGAGAACUGUACCUUCCUCUGCUAGCAGUGAGGAUUCAGGAUGUUUUGAUGAUGAUGAUUAAAUGCUUGAACAGACUGUGGUGACCCCAUUUUCCCACUGGGAACAGAUGAGAUGACAGAAACAUGAUUUACUUUCAUGCUUUUCCUAUCAUGUCAGCAUGUACACCACAGUGUACAGUUACCAGUAAACAUCUCAAACUCCUUUAGAAUAUUUAUAGAGAUAAAAAAUGUGACUAAAAUGUGUUUCCUUUCCUCCUUUGACAGGGCAGAACCAAUCCUAACCAGAAUCAGGGCAGAUCGAACACGUAUUAUUCUCCCGUCGAUCGACAACAUCAAGUACAACACGUUUGAGGUGCAGCAGUAUGCUAACGCAGCCCAUGGUUACAACUGGGGCCUUUGGUGUAUGUACAUCAUUCCCCCUCAGGCCUGGCUGGACAGAGGAGAUGAGACGGCCCCCAUCAGGUAUGGGAAAAAUACAGUAUAUCUCUCAGACAUUAUUGGGGGCAGGUGCUUUGGCAGUUCUCUGAUGCAAUACUCUGCAAUACAGUGCCUAUAGAAAGUCUACACCCCCUUGAACUUCUUUCACAUUUUCUUGCAUUACAACGUUGGAUUGAAAUAUAUUUAAUUGUAAUUUUUGUCAUUGAUCUACACAAACUACUCCAUAAUGUCAAAGUGAAAAGAAAAUUCCACACAUUUUUUAAAAUUAAUACAAAUUAAAUAAGUAUUCACCCCCUUUGUUUAGUCAAGCCUAAAUUAGUUCAGAAGUAAAAUAACAUAAUAAGUUAAAUGGACUCGCUCAAUGUGAAAUAAUAGCGGUUGACAUGAUUUUUGAAUGACUACCUUACCCCUUCCUCUGUCCCCCAUACAUACAACAACUGUAAGGUCCGUCCCUCAGUCAAGUAUUGAAUUUCAAGCACAGAUUCAACUACAAAGACCAACAAGCUUUUCGAAAGCCACAUAAAGAAGGGCAGUGAUUGGUAGAUGGGUAACAAUAACAAAUCAGACAUUGAAUAUAUCUUUAAGCAUGGUCAAGUUAAUAAUUAUGCUGUGGAUGAUGUAUUAAAGCAUCCAGACACAAAGAUGCAGUUGUCCUUCUGAACUGAGCUGUUGUUCACAGGUAGGAAUGCUUAGGGAUCAGGGCUGGGAAUUGCCAGGGACCUCACGAUAUUAUCACGAAACUUAGGUGCCGAUAUGAUAUGUUUUGCGAUUCUCACGAUUCUAUAUGUAUUGUGAUUUCAUACUGUGAUUUUUUUUGCGAUUCGAUAUUUCAAACAUACUGCUGAUGUAGAGGUACAAGAGAGAGCCAUGAGAAAAUUAGUUUUGAACAGUUAUGGAAAUAAAAGUGCUGAAAACAAAUUGGCUCCCUGUUUAAAAAGAAGAUGGAGAACAAGCUAUGAAGGAAAAAUACUGGAGUUUUGGUGCAGGUACAGCCAACUAGCGCAAAAAUUAUAUUGCGAUAUUGUCAAAAUGAUACGAUAUGAUAUAAAGUGUUGGCUGGAGUGGUGUAAAGCUUGCCGCCAUUGUACUCUAGAGCAGUGGAAACGCGUUCUCUCGAGUGAUGAAUCACGUUUCACCAUCUGGCAGUCCGACGGACAAAAUCUGGGUUUGGCUGAUGCCAGGCGAAUGCUACCUGCCCGAAUGCAUAGUGCCAACUGUAAAGUUUGGUGGAGGAGGAAUAAUGGUCUGGGGCUGUUUUUCGUGGUUCGGGCUAGGCCCCUUAGUUUCAGUGAAGGGAAAUCUUAACGCUACAGCAUGCAAUGACAUUCUAGAAGAUUAUGUGCUUCCAACUUUGUGGCAACAGUUUGGGGAAGGCCCUUUCCUGUUUCAGCAUUACAAUGCCCCCAUGCACAAAGCAAGGUCCAUACAUAAAUGGUUUGUCGAGAUUGGUGUGGAAAAUCUUGACUGGCCUGCACAGAGCUCUGACCUCUAACCCCAUAGAACACAUUUGGGAUGAAUUGGAACGCCGACUGAGAGCCAGGACUAAUCGCCCAACAUCAGUGACCGACCUCACUAAGGCUUUUGUGGCUGAAUGGAAGCAAGUCCCUGCAGCAAUGUUCCAACAUCUAGUGAAAAGCCUUCCCAGAAGAGUGGAGACUGUUAUAGCAGCAAAGGGGGGACCAACUCCAUAUUAAUGCCCAUGAUUUUGGAAUGAGAUGUUUUGACGAGCAGGUGUCCACAUACCACUUGGUCAUGUAGUGUAUCGUCAGACAUAAUAUCCCGAUAUGUAACUGUAUAGAUCUUUUCCCCCAUCACUAUUAGGAAUGUCACCAUGAGGCCAUUAGUGAUUUUAAAACAGCUACAGAGUUCAAUGACUGUGAUGGGAGAAAACGGAGGAUGUAUCAACAACAUUGUAGUGACUCCACAAUAAUGACCUAAAUGACAGAGUGAAAAGAAUAAUACAAAUAUACAGAAUUCCAAAACAUGUGUGGUGGAAAUUCAACACCAGGGACACCUGAAGUCAAUAUCAAAUUAAUCACUCUUUAUUAUCACGGCCGGAGAGGUUCACAAACUCAAUCCAAGCUUCAUGAAAACUCUGAAAAGGGCGUUCCCUUUAAGUCCUUAUAUACUGCUACACAAACAAGUCAUAUAAGCAUGAUUGACAUUAUUCAUUAUUCAUUAUUAACAUUGGUUCCUGCAUGUGACUGACUGAUAUCUCACGAGGCUUCUUCUAUAUUGCACAAUACAGGUGUGCAAAGCUCUUAUGAGACUUACUGGUUCUAAGAAGACUCACUACCAAAGGUGUUUCUAACAUGUAUUGACUCAGGGGGUUGAAUACUCAUCUAAUCAAAGUAUAUUAGUGUUUUAUUUUUCAUUAAUCGUAUUUUUUUUUUUACAAUUUAUCUUCCACUUUGACAUUAGAGUAUUUUGUGUCGAUCGUUGACAAAAAAUUACAAUUAAAUCCAUUUGAAUCCCACUUUGUAACACAAUCAAAUGUGAAGAAAUCCAAUGGGGGUGUAGAAUUUCUAUAGGCACUGCAUGUUUUUUUACAGAAAACGUGGGCUUGAAAAACAUGUUCUUAAAAUAUACAAGAUGUUCCAACUCGCUUCUGUACUGGGUAGGCUGCUAGGCACUAAUCUGUUAUUUCUCCGUUCAGGACCCCUGCCAUGAUUGGCUGCUCCUUUGUGGUGAACAGAGAAUACUUUGGAGAGAUUGGCCUUCUAGACCCAGGCAUGGAGGUGUAUGGAGGAGAGAACAUUGAAUUGGGCAUAAGGGUACGUUUCUAAGUGGUACAUGCUUAAACUAAGAACUGAUGAAUAGAGUAUGUUGUGUAAAGUAAUCCAUUCGUUUAGGCUAUACUUCUGAUAAGUAAGAUUCACACCCUGUGGUCCAUUAUGUGUUAGCCAUUACAAUGUGAUUAUAAAGCAAGGAAAUCAUUAUGUAAUUGGGACUGGAGAGUUUAAGAGUUUGUGUGCUGUAAGUGAUGCAUGAAGUUCAAUUAAGCUCUGUCACAGUAAAAAGGAUAUGGGUGUGAUUUAAUAUGAAUGUAACGGCAGCAAAUUAUUCUAUUGAUUUUGGCCCUAUUAUCAUUUGAGUGAUCCAAAUAGAUUUCAGGGUCUUAAAAAGGAAUAGGCUGCCAUUAUCUGAAGUAUGAUUCAAAACAAGUUUUUAAGUUUCAAGUUUUAAUGUCUCGUGCACAAGUACAGUGAAAUGCCUUUCUUGACAGCUCUAAACCCAACAAUGCAGUAAUCAAUAACAAUGAAAUACUAAAAAUAACAUACGGUAGAACAAAAACACAGGAUAAAUAACAAUAAUUAAUAAGAAGAACACGACAAAGUAAGCAUACUAUAUACAGGGUCAGUUUUACUAUCAAACAGAAUGGAAAAUUCCAUUGGAUCAUUUAACAUAGGUCCUACAAUAACUCGUGACUUGGCAUCAAUGGCUUGUUAUUGAAACAUAUGGGGCUGUUCUGACACGUUUCUCUCCCAGCAUGUUUUAUUUGGCUCUGCUGAGAUCAUUAAGGAAUCAUUAGGCUCUAAGCAUACAGGGAGACCAGUUGGUAUAAAUAUUGAUUGAAGUGAUCCUGCACCGCACCACCUGGUAUACUGCUGAAUAACAAAACAUGCCCUUGUAGUGCACCAAAAAAUGGUCUGUGUCAGGUGAUUUGUGCAUUAUUUAUUUCCCAAAAGCCUGUACCCAUUUGAAUUCCUUUACGUUCUAAUAAUAUUACUGAGAUAGUUUAAUUGUUUUUGGGAGACAGGAAUAUUUUGGUUUGUAGACUGUCAAAUAUCUGCAGUGACAUUGGUGUGGAAGUUGUGUCCCAGUGUGAGAACUGAAUGUGUUCCAGAACUCUGCAGUCACCUACAAGCGUCCCACUGGCACACAGGUUUAUUUCACACUUCCGACGUGAUCGUUAUGACUUGAGCAGCGGUGUGCGGGAGACGAGAGGAGACAGCAGGAUAGAGACGGAUGGAGGGAGAGAGAGAGAGAGGGAGAGAGAGAGGGGUGGGGACAGGAAGAGAAGAAGGGGCCAGGUUUGCACCUAUUACGCUCAGAGGGGAAUAAAAUACAAAACAUUUGGUCCAGGUAAUGGAGACAGUGGGAAAGGGAGCCAGCACAACAACAGAAACCCAAUGAGAGACAGAUGAUUGUAUCAAAAGAGAUCUAAGCCAAAUUAUAUUAUUGUUAACCCUACAACACUAUUGUGAGGUACCUCUCUGUGCUGUGCUCACAAAACUGGAGUAUGGAGAGGUACUCUAAAAAUGACUCUGGCAACACAACCAGCACAGUAUAAUCAUACACACAAGGAAGUGGCCCUUUGCCUGAAAAAUGUCAAAGCAACUGGGCAAUUGCAAGUUGUUAACAGCUUUCCAUGUGCCUUUGGGAAAUUGCCUCGGCAGCAUCUCUCUCAACAAUAUUUAUUUUUUAGAAUAAAAUACUAUAUUACUAUUGUGGUCAGGCUUCUUUCUUUCUUUCUCUUUCUUGAACUGUUAUGUCUCAGGUAUGGCAGUGCGGGGGGAGUAUGGAGGUCUUACCGUGUGCUCGGGUGGCACACAUUGAACGCAUCAAGAAACCCUACAAUGAUGACAUUGAUUACUAUGCAAAGCGCAAUGCCUUGAGGGCAGCCGAGGUGUGGAUGGAUGACUACAAAUCACACGUCUACAUGGCCUGGAAUAUCCCUAUCAAUGUGAGUCUAGUGUAGUUCCCUAAGGGGAACAAUAUUCUACAGCUCAAUUGCGUCUUAACUGGUCAUUGGUUUUGGUGCUUUGAAUUGUUUUCUAACUCAACAGAACCCUGGAGUUGAUUUUGGAGAUGUUUCUGAGAGAAUCGCCUUGAGGAAGAAAUUGCAAUGUCGCAGUUUCCAGUGGUACUUGCGGAAUGUGUAUCCAGAGAUGCGAGUGUACAAUGACACCAUCACCUAUGGUGAGGUGCGAAACAGCAAGGCCAGUGGCUAUUGCUUAGACCAAGGACCUAAUGAUGACAACAGCGCGAUUCUCUACCCGUGUCAUGGCAUGACAUCUCAGGUCAGGAAAAGUUCUUAGAACCUUAUAUGCUUGAAUGCAUAGAAAUGUAAUCCCCUUACACAAGCUCUUAUGUUAGUUCAGGAAAACAUUUAGAACUAUCCCAUAUGCUCUGGCCCCUGCCCACAUCCACAAAAUGUAAUGCAUCCCUACCCUUUUGCGUUCAAGCCCUUCCAUUGUUCAUCUUACUGUGGUUGUUUGUGCUUUUCUUUAGCUUGCUUUAGCAUGGUAAUUCAGUGAAUUCCAAAUGAAUUGUCUUGGCACAGGGCAAUUUGACAAGGUUACCUCUACUCAGAAUAGUGCAGCAGCACCUGUGAUGGGCUCCAACAUCCUCUCUGGCAUCUAGUUUCCUGAGUGUUGUUCACCAUUAAUAAUUCAACCCCAGAUUUUGUAAUCAUCUGUGCCCUUACUUGUGACAUUCAUUAGAUUGAAGCUACAUUUUGGCGUGUGAAAUGAAAUAGAGAUCAAGCUCAUAAUGUCAAAUUACAAUUAACUCUUCAGAUAGGAUCACUGGGUCUCAUUUAUAACAAAUGUACUCACCUAAGGGAUCUGUAUGGUCCAUUAUGCUCAUAAACAAUUUAGCUUUCAUUAGCAUGGAACAUACAUACAUGCACAUAUCCCUGUGGUAUCUAUCAAGGCUACAUUGUCAGUAUUUCAGCCAAUUACACAGCAAAAGUUUGUUGGACAUUUCAACAGUAACUAAGGACGGGCCUUGCAUGGGAUUUGACUAAUGUUCAAUAGAGCUGUAUUGAAGGCUUACUUGGUCAUAGCUCAUCUUUCAUUUCAAGAUGGCCUUUCCACUGGGUAGUUGUAGUUCAGCUGUUGAAAGAGCAGGCACUGGUUUGACAGCUCUUGUUCAGCUCAAGAGGCACUAUGACCUUUUGUACUCACGGUAUCAAGAAAGAUCUUUCUCAUGAGACAGCUCAAUGAUUACACAAGAACAUGUACCAUUCCUAUGUGUAUAGAUGUAUUCAACAAGUUUUGUAUUGUCCAACGACUAUGUGGGUGUAUGUAUAGAAAGUAUUUGUGUGUAACCUUUCAUAUAUUUUGUCAGAACUGGAUGUUUACUUGGCAUUGACGUUUUUUUUUUAGCUGGCCCGUUACACCUCAGAGGGGAUUUUGCAGCUUGGUCCCCUGGGUUCCACUACAUUCCUGCCCAACACCAAAUGUCUGGUGGACGAGGGACGAGGGCGGAGGCCAAGUCUAAAAAUAUGUGAUGGAGCAUCACACUCAUCACAAAGGCUUUGGGACUUCAGUCAGGUAAAACCUCAAAAUGUAAUGACUUGUGGGGGAAAAAAGGACUCCUGCCACAGCUGUAUUGCUUGUUAAUACUGCAAUUAUAACCACAGCUUGUUCCUCUUCCUUCUGUAGAAUGGCCCAAUAAUCAGCAGAGACACUGGUCGUUGUUUGGAGGUGGAGAUGUUUAAAGAGGCCAGCUUCGGCCUGCGGCUGGUGGUCCAGAGGUGCUCUGGUCAGAGGUGGACUAUCAGGAACUGGCUCAAACCUCCACGACACUGAGGGCAGUCUCAACAAGGAGGUGCACCAUAUACAGGCCAGCUGAUGUCUACAAAAAAGACAUGGAACCCUUACCCUGUAGCACUUGGACUAUCCUCUUCACAAAGAUUGUGUUCCUUUGGAUUGAGGCUAUAGACUCUGUUGUCUGCUCCUGGAAAGGUCAAGGAAUUUCAAAAGCAUCUUAACAACAAGUCAUCACAAAGUAUGGAGGAUACAUAUCCCUACGAAGAACCAGAGGAUGUACCAUAUCCGCUACAGAGGUUGUCUAUGACAAUGAUAGUUGCAGUCUGCGAUACUAAAGGAGGUAAUACAAGCGAACAGGCACAUGUUGACAAACCAGUUCAUUUUGAGUGUGUUUUGUUUCUGAUUACAGAUUUCAUUCAUAUCACGCCAUAAUCCCUGAACACAAUUAUUUGCCUUCAAUCAUAUGUCUGUCUUCUGGAGGCCUAAAUUAUCUCACAUUUAUGGACAAUAGAGGAAAAAGUGAAAAACGCAAAUUGUACACAACAAUCUGGAUAGAAUGAUAAUAGGACAUUAAACAUUAUGACAUAUUUGUGUUCCUUCUUGACGAGUGAUUUUGUAUUAGAG